UAGUUUGGUAAAGUGAUAUUUUGGACGUGGUUAGGGUUCGCUUGCCUUGGGUACUGGACAGUUUUGAUCUGGGUAUCGAGGUGCUCCUCGAGGUUUCGAUCUAGGGUUUGUUUCGUCUCCCUUGCCUCAACUCAGCAACUUCUUUCGGACGAGGGACGUGAGUUGCUGGACAUCGAUGCCGGUGGACACUCUGGACGUUGAUAUGGAUAAGUUUUCUGCACAUCGAUGCUGGUGCGGGGGUAAUCGAAGCUGGUCCGGAACGGUGAUGAGGAGUUGUGUUGUGAGAGUAGCGUGGAGAGAUCAUCGUCUAGGGGUUUGAAGGGUCGUGUUCCUCGGAUCGGGCUCUUAUUGUGGAUUGCCUACUGAAUUGGGUCGUGGAGGAGGAUGGGUGACGGUGUUGAAAAUUUGGAAGAGCAGAUACGUAGCGUGGAGGACCAGAUAAGAAGAGUGGAACAGAAGAUAGACAGAGUUGAAGAGCAGAUCGACAGAUGCCGUGAUGAUGAGGAAAGAAAGCUACUCUGGAACAGAGAAGCGCAACUCCGAGAUGAGAAAGCGCAACUCCGGGCCGAGAAAGCGCAACUUAGGGAGCAAAUCCUGCAAGGACGAGAUUCCAUCGAUCAUUCCGGGGAAUUGCUCGAGGGGUUGUUGCUCACACCUGUAAUUGAUCUUCCACAAGAUGGAGUUGGGCUAGCACGGGUGCUGUUUCCUUCGUGGCACGGGGAACAGCACGGGCAGCUUCCUGUUGUAAAUAAAACCUACCUACGAAUCAAAAACCGGUUUCCUAAGGUCGCAGAGGAGUUUUUACGCGUGACAGAUGCUUCGACGUUAUCCGUGUCCCUGUCCAGCACCUUGGAGGAAGCAACUAUCGCUCCAAAAUCGGAGGCAGAUGUUUCAUAUACAGUUCAAGGCUACUUAAGGAGGUUUUUCAGCGCUUGUAAUGAGUAUAGCUUGGACGGUGCUACCCUGGAUUUGACUUUCAAUAAAAGUGAAAAGCUAUCACUGUCGAGAUCGAAUGCAACACUAUCACGCAAGAGGCCUGAUACGCUCGGUGUAAUGUCUCAGUGCACAUUUCUUGUCGGUGAAGACAAGCUAUCCGACUUGUCAGAAGCGGAAAACGACAUUUCUCUUAAAAUGCAGCCACUUAACCCAAGAUUUUAUGGAGACCUGCGGUUCAUUUUGGGGUAUAUAGCAGCCGGUACCAAAUUUCAAUGGGUCCUUCUUGGAAAGGAUAGGUCUCUGGUACGCAUUGAACCACUUCUUGACCUGGCAAAGAUACCCAACCGAAUCUUGUUGAUCCUGAGUAUUUUCAACGCCUUUACUUUAGUGAGGAAAAUGGCGGAGAAAAUCCCUCCCCUUCCAGGGCGCCAUGCGAUGUUUUCGUCGCUUGUGCAGGGAGAUUGCACCAUCUACUUCUUGAAUGACAGUGUCCGUAAGAAGAUAAAGAAUUUUAAAAGUUACUGCGAAGCUACUGCAACUGAUUUUAAUGUCGUUAAUCGAGCCUACAAUGAUGUGAAAGGGAGCCCGUAUCUUCCGAUGGUAAUUGAAGAGCCCGAGUUAGGACGAGGAGGAGAUAGCUACAAGGUUACAAUUGGUCCUCUUGGAUACUCUCCUAGGAUCAGGUCUGAGGAGGAUACCAAGAUGUUGGCCAAGAGUGUGUGCAACGCCUUGAAAGUCCUCCAUGAGAAGGGCUUUGUUCACAGGGAUGUUCGACUUCCAAAUAUAGUGGAGGUUACAUAUGGGCAGUUCAUGCUGAUCGAUUUGGAGACGGUUGCAGAAUCUCCUUUCUAUGUGCAUCCCUCGUUCCACUACCUGGCGGACUGGAGCAGGGACAUGUUGGAGAACUCGCACUAUACGCCCAAGUCCGACAUGUAUCAGCUUGGGAAACUCCUUGGCGACAAAUUUGCAACCUUCACUCGGUCACCUUCUGCCCAGCAGUUUAUUUCCAGGCUCAUGUCCAAACAGGUCGAUGCAAAUACGGCAUUGGAGGACCCUUGGCUAAAAGUCGAUGAAGAAAUGUCAGGAGCUUUGAUGUUCAAAGCUAAAUGCUAAGCUCCACUGAAGAGUUGGGUGGAAUGUAUUAUACGUUGCUGAUGGAGUUAUGUUCUUUUUGCAGGUAUGUAAUGAAAGUUUUAGUAUAAUUUGCGUUGUAGGCUUCAGUACAGAAGAAGAAUACCCCCUUCGUGGGGUUUUGAAUUCCUUAAUUUUGACAAGAAUUGACCCUUUCACAUCUUUAGAUUAGAGGAAUGAGCUGCAAUUGAGGGUCUAGGUUGCUGCAGAGAGAUUGCUACUGGGGAUUCUUUUCUUCAGUGGAGGUUACUUGUAAGGUGAUGUACAGUUUGGAUUACUCUGGAGGGUCAGUAUGAUAUCUAUCCCACUGUGUCUGUAUUUGCUGAGGUUACCGGCAUACAGUGCACGGAUGUGCAUCUAUGAAGCUUGAAGGUUUUGGUUACCUCCAAGCCUGCAUCCUUUUGUUGCAUUUGCAAAAUACAAAGAAAGUAGUUGGUGGAUAUUGACUUUGUAGUAGUUUGGACAUUCUAAACCUUAAAGGCAUCGAAAUUUCAUUAGGAGGCCCUUUUGAUACUAAAGAUA